GCUGCCUCUGCGUGGCGAAGCAUCGGUGGCUGCGGGUGAGGUCCAGGUCUUGCCUGCGAAUAUGCCGCUGGAGUUCGAGCUGUGCCCUGGGAGGCCCAUUGGCGGGGAGCACCCCUGCUUCAUCAUCGCCGAGAUCGGCCAGAAUCACCAGGGGGACCUCGAGAUCGCCAAGCGCAUGAUCCGCGUCGCUAAGGAAUGUGGAGCAGAUUGUGCCAAAUUCCAAAAAAGUGAACUGGAACACAAAUUCAAUAGGAGAGCAUUGGAGAGGCCAUACACAUCCAAACACUCUUGGGGGAAAACCUAUGGAGAGCACAAGCGCCACUUGGAGUUCAGUCAUGACCAGUAUCGGGAGCUGCAGCGUUUCGCAAAGGAGAUUGACAUUUUCUUUACUGCCUCAGGCAUGGAUGAAAUGGCUGUAGAAUUUCUACAUGAACUGGAUGUUCCAUUUUUCAAAGUAGGAUCUGGAGACACUAACAAUUUCCCAUACUUGGAAAAGACAGCCAAAAAAGGUCGUCCAAUGGUGAUCUCCAGUGGGAUGCAGUCAAUGAGCACAAUGCAGCAGGUUUACAAUCUGGUGAAGCCUAUCAACCCAAACUUCUGUUUUCUUCAGUGCACUAGUGCUUACCCUCUUCAGCCUGAAGAUGUCAAUCUUCGUGUCAUAACGGAAUAUCGAUCAAUCUUCCCAGAUAUUCCUGUUGGCUAUUCUGGCCAUGAGACAGGCAUAGCCAUUUCUGUUGCAGCAGUUGCUAUGGGAGCUAAAGUACUGGAGCGCCACAUAACACUGGACAAGACCUGGAAAGGAAGUGAUCAUCAGGCAUCUUUAGAGCCCAAUGAAUUGGCUGAAUUGGUUAGAACCAUCCGCAUGGUAGAAAAGGCUAUGGGGUCACCAGUCAAGCAACUCUUGCCCUGUGAAGUUGCUUGCAAUGAAAAGUUGGGAAAAUCUGUAGUUGCCAAAAUCCGGAUCCCAGAAGGCACAAUGCUCACUCUGGAUAUGCUGACGGUCAAGGUAGGGGAGCCCAAAGGUUAUCCACCUGAAGACAUCUUUGACUUGGUUGGAAAGAAGGUCAAGGUUACUAUUGAUGAAGAUGAAACCAUUGUUGAAGAUGCCAUUGAAAAUCACAUGAAAAAAGUUAAAUGCUAAAUUGGACUGUUUGUGAAAGGGGACUCUCUGGAAAUUGUGUAAGCUGCAAAGUUACAAAGAAAAGUCUUGGAGAAGUGGCCAUCACUGGGCCUUCUCUUUCUGGCAGACAAACAUCCUAAUAGAGGACACUGGUUAUUUUGUGCAAGGGUCUUUAAUUGAAAGUGGGCAAUGUAGUAUUCCAUGGAUUGUUUUUAAUGGUGAAAAAGCUUACAUAGGCUUUCAGGCUCCAUAUUUCCUAAAGACAAAAAUGGUAUGUUGCAAAGGGAUGGUGAAGAAUAUUCACUAAUAGUGAAUGCCUCUGAAUAGGAUAUGAUAUGCUCUUGACUUUCUACCAUUCAGUUUAGCUUUUAUAAUGCUUAGAAUCAGGAUGAAACCUAGAGAUUGCUUGUGCCAGUUGGAAAUGCCUCAGGAGUUAUGCUUCUUUUGAGGAAGCUUCUGCAUCCUUACUAUUCAGAUUUCUAGCAUUUGGCUGGAGAGAAAGCAGUAAGAUGUAUGCAAGCUGAACACCAGGCCACCAAAAGGCCACUUACCUGGUCAGCUGUGGUAGGCAAGCAGUGCCUCCAGGCUCAAGCUUGGAAAGUUCAAUUUUAAAAUCAGUUGUAGUUCCAAGGCUCAGUCAAACAAGUUACUGUCACAGUUAUUUAAAAGUGUAGCUAUACCUAGGAUCAUAUUUAAUUACUUCAGAAAUCAGUUCCUAAAUGUUACAAGCCACUGGUCUGUGGUACAAAACACACUGAUCCCUUAUUAUAACUCCUUAUUAUCACCUCAGCACCUAUAUGACAGCUUAAAGGCGCACACCAUAACCUAACAUUUGAACUAGGGGAUUUCCCAUCCUUGCCAUUACUAAGGCCACAUCCUAAACUUAAAAAGUAACCCAGAAGUUAGUAUUAUACUGCAAAAGGUGUGACACUAUCACUUGUCAAAUUGUAAUCAAAAUGCAAUGUCAUUAAACCUUCAAUAUUGACUAAAGGCA